AUGCUAACAUGCGCUUUCCCUCUAGCUGCCCAACGACCCGCACCCAGCCCUUCCCAGACGCCCCCCGGUAUCUCCAACCCGCUAUACCCGCCGCCGUCCCAGUCGGCUUCAGCUCAGCCUACCGUCCCGUACCAGGCUGCCCCUCCGCCGGGCCCUCCUGGCUAUGGCGCUGCCGCCCCUGGCCUGCCUGCGCCCGCCGCCAGCGGUAGCCUGGACCUGAGCGCCAUCCGUCCGGUCAACUCGGGUACCCUGAGCUUCAACGACGCCCUCUCCAAGGUCCGCGCCUCGGCUGCGGAGAAGGGUGUCACUCCCUACGACAGGCCCCUGGUCUACGGCUCCGACCCUCGGGCACAGGACCACGCCUACCCCCAAUCCCGCUCACGUUCGCGUUCGCCGCCGCGCGGUGAUCACCACCACGCCGCCAACCCAUACAGGGACGAGCGCCGUGGCCGCGACCACGGUCGCGAACGCUCCUACUCCCCCGGACCCCCCCGUGGGAAGCCCUUCUCGCCCCGCUCCAACGGUCGCGAGCGAUCCCCCCUUCGCGGAGGAGGAGAUGACCAGUCCGAGGUCAUCCAGAUCGAAUCGAGCCUCGUCGGCCUCAUCAUCGGCCGACAGGGCGAGAACCUCCGCAGGAUCGAGAGCGAGUCCACCUGCCGCGUGCAGUUCCUCCCCCCAAGCGAUGGCGGCCCCCUGCGCCAGUGCAAGAUCUCGGGGCCCCGCCACCGUCGCGCCGAGGUCAAAGACGCCAUCAACGCCAUCAUUGACGACAGCGGCAUGGGCCCCCUGAACCGCGCCCACGAGAAGCCCCGCGACCCCGUCAAGGGCGGCGCCACCGCCCUGCGUGAGGGCGAGGACCACACCCAGAUCAUGGUCCCCGACCGUACCGUCGGCCUCAUCAUCGGCCGUGGCGGCGAGACCAUCCGCGACCUGCAGGAGCGGUCCGGGUGCCACAUCAACAUUGUCGGCGAGUCGAAGAGCGUCAACGGGCUGCGACCUGUCAACCUGAUCGGCACCCAUGAGGCUGCCGCCAAGGCCAAAGAUUUCAUCAUGGAGAUUGUUGAGAGCGACAGCCGCGGAGAGGGCCCGGCCCCCUCUCGUGGUCCUCCCGGAGGCGGGCCACCAGGUGGCCGAGGUGACAUGCCGCCCCGGAGAGAGGGUGGUAUGCCGAACGGAGGUGGAGGAUACGACAAGAUCAACGACACCAUGUACGUCCCAUCGGACGCCGUGGGCAUGAUCAUCGGCAAGGGAGGCGAGACGAUUCGUGAGAUGCAGUCGACGACCGGCUGCAAGAUCAACGUGGCUCAGUCAUCGGGUCCCGGCGAGGUGGAGAGGGAGAUCGCCCUGAUUGGAUCUCAGGAUAGCAUUGCCCGGGCGAAGCAAGCCAUCGAAGACAAGGUGGACGCAGUGCGACAGAAGAGCAGCGGUCCGCCAGGUGGCCGCGGCCGUGGACAUCACCAGGACUAUGACCGGCCCGCACCCUCGUCUAAUCAGCCUACUAACCCACCAGCUACCCAGGGAGAUGCCAAUGAUCCUUAUGCGCAAUAUGGCGGAUACCAGAAUUACGUUGCUCUCUGGUACCAAUCCCUGAUGUACCAGCAGCAACAGGGUGAUGGGCAGGGAGCACCCGCACCUGCCCCGGGCUCCUAA